GAGCCGCUGUCAUCUUUCAUCCAGCUGGUUGCCGCUGCCGCCGCCUCCAGAUUCCGAAGGCGAAGCUCGCGAAGCAGAGGAACAUGGACGUGAACCUCGCCCCGCUCCGUGCCUGGGACGAUUUCUUCCCGGGCUCUGAUCGUUUCGCCCGGCCGGACUUCAGGGACAUUUCCAAAUGGAACAACCGUGUAGUGAGCAAUCUGCUCUAUUACCAGACCAACUACCUGGUGGUGGCUGCCAUGAUGAUUUCGGUCGUUGGGUUUCUGAGCCCCUUCAACAUGAUCCUCGGAGGAAUCAUUGUGGUGCUGGUGUUCACAGGGUUCGUGUGGGCAGCGCACAAUAAAGACAUCCUCCGCAAGAUGAAGAAGCAGUACCCAACGGCCUUCGUGAUGGUGGUCAUGCUAGCCAGCUACUUCCUCAUAUCCAUGUUCGGGGGUGUCAUGGUCUUUGUGUUUGGCAUCACAUUUCCCUUGUUGUUGAUGUUCAUCCAUGCAUCCCUGAGACUUCGAAACCUCAAGAACAAGCUGGAAAAUAAAAUGGAGGGAAUAGGCUUGAAGAAAACUCCGAUGGGCAUUAUCCUGGAUGCCUUGGAACAGCAGGAAGAGAGCAUCAACAAGAUUGCUGACUAUAUCAGCAAAGCAAGGGAGUAAACACAACUCGCCCAGUGACAGGGCUCACACCGGGAAUCCGGUUGCACUUUCCCCUUGUUCAGACCCAUUUUCUGUCUGUGGUUUUGAAACAGAAGGUGCACGUCUUACCACCCAACUAUCCAAGGCAUCCUGCAUGCACAGGCCCACUGCUAAGAUCUCCGAUAUGACCCACGGAAGGCCUCAGAAACUGCAAAAGUAUAGACCCACUCUCCCGUUGUGUCUGAAGUGUCUGGUGUGUUUUUGAAAAAGAAUGUGGAUUAGAGAGCCACAGUACCAUUGUAUUGUAGGGAAGAAGUCCCCGUAGAACCUGGAGGCGAUAUGGAGGACAUGAAAAUCAGUUAAAGUAUAAGAUGUAGUGUGUCAGCCUGUUUCCAAUGCUGUCUGACAUCCCCUCCAAAAUCCCCCACGACUAUGAUGUGUCGGGUAUGUUAGUUUAGUGGUAUUAUCUUUGUUGUUUUAAAACCAGAGGCGAUCUCUAUCACUUUGGCGCCUGUUUGAUGUGCAGUGGAAGCUGGAUCGGCCGGUUGUUUAUAUUUUGUUUACGAAUAUGAAGGUAGCUGUUUAGAACAGUGUUUUGUUAAAUUUUGUAAAAAUUUUUAAAAGGGUAGUAAUAUGCUUUCACCAGCAGGUGUUUCUUGCAAACUAAAUGUAAACCUCCUGGGGUAGGGUUGGGAGUGGGAGGGAUGGUUACAACUCUGUAACUUCUGUUAUUCUUGUUAAAAAUAAAUACAAAUAGAACCAA